CUGCUAUUGCCACAGGCCUACUAAUACAUAUCUGCCGUUCAGCGCACAAUCAAUCUCUCAUAAAGUAAUGCAACACUAUCCACCUAUGAUCGCCUCGGUGUCUCAUUGUAGCCGCAUUUGUGUGAAUGUCGCGCUGUGUAUGAGCGGCAGCAGCAAAAGCAGCAACGUUAUCUAAAUCGAAUUUUUCCUUUCAAAGACCUCGCUGGUUCAUCAAUAUCGCCAAACGAGUACGUUCGCCGGAUAGCAGAGUUCGUUCCCGUUCUGUUGUGUCGUUACUCAUACACUGGCUCGAGGAAUCGAUUAUUAUUAAAUGUGCUUCAUCGUAUUAUAAUAAAAAGGAAAUUUGCAACUCAGUGGGAUGUGGGAAUGAUUUGCAAUGUUGCAACGUGAACUUUGUGAUGUUUUCAAACAUAUCGUCUGUGCUCAUGUGCUUUUCUCCGCGGUGUAAAGCCCCACCUGUGCUUUCUCCUGAUUGUGUGUUCUACACAUAGAUGUAUACAUGUUGUGUCUAUAUAGAAAGCAGACUGCGCAUACAGAUUUGUUGUUUUGGGGCCCAAUUGCUUUCGGUACUGUGCCCUUAAUUGUAGUUUUACGCAUAGGCCUCUGGCUUCGUUAGUUACCAGCAUUAAGGUGCCCUUUCUGUGGCGGUUAUUGUUUGCGCGCUAUGUGGGUGUUGUUCUCGCAAAAGGUCCCACACAUAGUAAUAUCGACUGAAUUUGUAGGUGUGUGUGUGUAUCUCGAUGAAGUCGAACACCGUUGACUGACUAAAGGUUAAGCAGUCAAGUGAAGUUGUACGUAUUUUGUGAUGGUUUGUUACACGAGCUUAGCAACAUAUGACGCCAUCUAGAAUCGAACGCAUGUUCGAACAACAAUGUUAAUAACUAUUUCGUGCUGUUAUCGUGAGCACACGCAUUACACGAGCUUUGUGAGUGUUUGUGUCGGAAUGAACGGAUAUAAACUUGAUAUGACGAACGUUUGUUGCGAUACCCUCGCCAGGCUAUGUUCGUGCUCGCGUCUACACGUUUUCCUCAGCUUUAUCGACAAUACGUUCAACACAUUGAAGGUCCUCGCAGCUAUUCACGUUCGCCGCCCCCCAUUGGUCGAUAUAGAUGUGAGUGCGUGUCACGAAUCGCUGUUGUAUAAGCUCCGCAGGGAUAGAAUUGAUUCGUCGACUUAAGCACAGAACGAACGGCACAUGCUUGCUCUAAGCAAGUCGGCCAACUGUUCUCCGACCGCCUGCAGAAGACGACACAAUAUCGAGAACCUGCACAAAUCGACGUUCUCAAUCAAAUCUGGUCUUUUGCUUUCGAUAUUGUCGGAAAGGAUAGUAACGUUGGCCGUCGUCGCAUCCCGUUCUUGGCCUUUUCUUUUCGUACUAUCCUUUUCUGACGAUGUCCUUUAGCGGCUACUUUGACCGAUAGCGAUUAUACUCUAACGUACUGCAAUGGCGUCCCUUGACGAAGAUUUAUGCGCCGCUGAUUACGUUCGUAUGUUGCUUCUCACCCGCUUCAAGGGAAAAACGGAUAUCGAAAGGCUCGAGAACUACCUCAAACGCAAUGCGUCAGCAGAUAUCAGAGCUAUUCUACAGUGCACUGGGGGUCUUCGACCAUUCCUUCACGAUAAUCAACAGAUCUUUAUGCUGGAAUCCACGACCGUUUCUGUCAACCAGGAAGGUCGACCUGCAAAAGAGAACGACGUCAUUAAAUGGAUCCGAGGAAGACUCCAAACUUCACCCCGAAAAAUUUUCAGCAUUCCCUCCCUUCAAACUAUAGUGCAAAAAGGCCAACCGGGUAUUCGAGCAUAUUUUGCGGUAACGUGCCCUACUGUGGAAAAACUACGUGAGUGGUUUCUCCAGCGGACCCAACUCUUCAAGGAAACACCAUCGGGCAAUAUUCAUCUAUCAGAAUAUUCGAUUCCGUUGUCUGGUGGCAGUCCAAUGUGGUCGACCGUUGAUUUCUUUGUCAAGAUUCUUGAUGAGCAGUCUGCCGAAACAUUAACUGUAGAUUGGUCGUGUGUAUUUAAUUAUAUAUUUGUUGCUGAAAAUCCUGAUAUAAUGACAUAUGUCAUGGGAUCAUACGAGGAAUCAACAUUUGAAUAUUUUUUCCGAAGUCAUCCUGAACAGUUUGGUCUGGAAAUGGUUAACGGCGAACUUAAGCGUUGCGCAGACCCGGCAAAUUCUGGGAUGGAAUGUCCGGUAGGCGGAAUAGCUGGAUCCCUUCCGGCGGCGUCCGCAAGUUCAAGCGAUAGCCCUUUAGCUCAGAGCAUUGAAAGCUGCAAAGACUUCUUUAACGGCCGCAAUACAAUGUCGGUAGCUGAACUACAGAGACUGUUCCAUGACGGGGCGCCCAGACCUCUGUUCAACUUUAUUCAACGAAAUUACCCAGCCGAAAGGUUUGUCGACUUUCUUUCCGAAAACAAAGAAUCGUUUGUGCUAUCAGACAAUCGACAGAAGGUUCAGUUGCGUCAGAAUACAUCUUUAUGGAAUGGCACGACUGUAGGCAGUGGCAAUCGCAAUAAUAGUAACUUGAGCGAGGUUAAGAGAAAUCCGAAAUUUGACAAAACCCUUAUAAAAUUCUUCACUGAUCUCCUUACAAUGGCUGCACGCGAACAAGCUGUUCGCAAAGUAGACGUAGAAAAACUUUGCGAUUGUGUGCAGUUUCUUCCGAAAAGCUUCCUUCAGUAUAUGAAACAGGCGUAUCAACCUCCUUCGCAAUUGUUUGAGGGACAGGAGGUCUUUCAAUUGAACAAAGACCGUUCGAUGGUCGGCCUUAAAGAGAAGAUUGCGCUAUCCAGUCAACUUGAUACAACUGCCAAAGCUACGAUGUCGGUAAACUUUUUCAUAGAUGCCUUCAAACUUCUUGCAGUAAAGCAUAAUGUUCGUUUCAUCCAGCCAAAUCAGAUGGGGUUACUUGCUUGUCUUAUGAACCCUGCAGCACAGAGCUAUCUAGUAACGAGCUUUGGGGAAACACAUUUUCGGGUUCUAUUACAUCGAUUUCCUACAAUAUUUUCCGAAUCCAAGACAGGCAAUAUAUACCUUAAGGAGAACUUACAGCAGCAGGAUUUAAAGUUGGAUCCUUCAAAUGAAGUGAUCACCAACAUUAAAGCGAUUUGCUCAAACGUGGUUGAGGGAUCAGCGAUCGAAUUUUUUCUCUAUGAAGUUAAAGCGCGUCGAGCUUACUGCUACCCGAUUUCCAUUAGCUGGUGCUCCAGCAUAGUGUCGAAGGCAUCACGGAGCAUUAACAGCUACAUCAAUAAGAACUUCCCCACUGAUAAAAUUGCUGACUUCCUCAUUAAGUUUCCUGCCAUAUUCAACGUUGUGCCUGAACUAGAAAUUGUGUACCUGCAGAAGGAAGAUAAUGAAGAUUUCAACAACAACGCCGACCUCGAUAAUAAUAAUAACGGUAAGAACAAGAAUAAAAAGAAGAAUCCGAGUGACCAAACUAGCGCAUUACGCAUAGAGACGGAAGAACUAUUAAUUGGCCUUGUGGCAGCACAGUGUCUCGCCAAAUGUGAUCAAAUGCCUAUAAGUGGUUUUUUCGAAUUAGCGAAAAAGUGCCACUUAGCGACAGAUAUCGACGCAAUUUUAAACAAAGAAAUAGGGGAGAACAAACUGGAGAGACUACAAGCUCUCCUGAAGAGGUUUCCUGCUAUUUUCCAUAUUCAGGACACAACAGAGAAAGUAGCGCUGAGGUGUCCAGCCCUACACUAUCAGAAGCUGGGCAUAGCCAUGGAGACAGCUUUAAGUCGCAUAAUAAAAAACGUCGUGAUUCAACAAAACGAUGAGCAAGGGAGUAUUCCGACAAUAAUGCACAUUUACGAAAUUGUUCAGUAUAUUUGCAGCGAUGGUCUGUUCCAACGGAUCAUGCGUACCCUUACCGGCUUUCUUGAGUUUCUUGAUACUUUUCCCGCGUUUUUUGUGGUAAACGGAAGCAAGAACACAAUAGCUGUGCGGGACUAUCAGCCUAAAUCGAGGCCGGCCAUCUCACCAACUUUCCCGAUCUAUUUGAUGAAUGUUCAAACAUCCUCGGACUACUGCGGUGCACCAGUGUUUUACCGAAGUCCAACCACCAAUCAUCAGGAGACGUACUCAGGGUCGAUAUUAAAGCCAUCACUUCCUACCACAUCAGCACAUCCUUUACACCUACCUCCAGGUCUUCCUAUGACGUCGGUAAACGGCCAUUUACAGCAGCAUACCGCCGCGACAAUGAAGGAGACUUGCCUACGCCAGUGGGUUGAUCAGAAGACCGCCAUACUGCAAAUGUGGUCUACCCUCAGCGGGUUGCUAAGAAAGUUCGUAACAAGGAUGGAUGUAGAAACGAUUACACAAUUUGGCGGUUUGCAAAGUCUUGUAAAUGGCCUCACAAGUUGCGUUGAAGAACUAGAACGCGUCUACUUAAUUGGCGGUGGUCAGGAUUGGGUGCAGGCGCAAAAACUUAUCGAUCUGUACGAUUCGAAAAACGGCACGUUUGCCGGUUUCGCUUUAACAGCUCACAAAAUCAUCACAUCGGUAAUUGACAGACGUCAUUGCCAGCGUGCAGCAUGUAAAUGUCGCUUCGCACCUGACGUACGCGACCUGGAAAGCUUUGUAUACUUCUGUCAAUCUAUACGUUUUCAUCUUGAGGAGGGUCCAGUUCCGCGAGUUCUCACGCCGUCAUCAUCCAGCUCCAACUCGAGUACACCAGAUAUCUUGAACCGCCUAUACGCGUGGUCAGACAGCGUAACGGAUUCACCGUCGCCAAUGAUUAACCCUAACAAUAAUAUCCUAAACGACCCGGCAAAUAUGUUCUUAGCACUUGAAGACAAGAGCCACGAAGAGGCAACCGCGCGUCUGUUGAACGCUGCGCAAGAACAACUGGGACUUGGUAUUAAUUCUUUUAGCACUCCCACAGCAUUGCCGUGUUGGCCACGCAACAUCUGGGAACCAGAGCCAGGCGAAUUGAACCACGUAAGCUUCACGAAGAGCCUCCCUGCAAAGGCCAGUAAUAGCAACGACGAAACGGUGUCUCCUAAUAGGAUAAGAUUAGUAAAUCCAUCUCCAUCUGCAAAUUCUCCACCAGGCUUAGGGCCAAUAAAGCAAGAAUAUCGUGUAACAAGUGUGAAAAAAAAUAAAAUAGCUGCAGAGGCAGGUGACGGAUCUAAGCUUGAGAUUGAUUGGGGGAAGGGAGUCACCGCCUCAAUCGGAGAUUAUUUCACGGUUAUUCUCGAACGUCAAAGGCAAGCUCUGUAGCAGACCAGGUCAGAAAUAUGAACAAACCGAAAAUCCGAAAGCGACAGACGAAAAGCCGACCUUCAAGAGAAGAGUUUCUAGUCUGAAAAAUUGUCAUCAAUGCAUAGCACUGUACACGAUGGUACCAUAUGUAUAUACAUUUCAACGCGACGGCACUGGCGAAAUCCAUGUUCAAGAAAAUAGAACAUUUUGGUAACAUCGUUAUAUGGAAAUUAGGAAACUCAGAAGUACGUCACGAGUACCAUUGGCACUAACACGGGGAGACGAGCGUGUGCGUGUAUAUUUGUGAUUGGAAGUCCGAGUUCGAGUCGGAUAAUCAACCAUUGUACUUGGACCACGCGAUUUAUGCACUGAAUCAGACCAGUUAAUUAGAACAAGCAGAAGAACACUACGUAUCAAUUUUUAGUAUUACUUUUCGGAUCAUAUUGAAUGUAGAAUUGAUGGCCGAGCAAGGCGAAAUGAAUCGGAAGUAAUAAAAGGAAACUUUAGUUUUUGAUCGCUUCUAAUUCCAAGUAUGGCAUGUAACUUAGCUUAUGUGUGAUAUCGAUGUAAAAAAAUCAAGCCAUCCUUAUGUAGUGCGGGACAACAGCAGGCAAAUACGCAAUUGUGACUUUGUAUGAUAGAAUCGAAGCUACUGUGAGUUGUUAUCGACGCUAGAUCCGUAGCCUAAUUUAGCUACGAACUACGUCAUAAAGUUGCCUUACAAAUGCCAUAUAUACGAACAAUGAAACAUAUUUUACGAGUCUCUGCUAGUAAAGAAACAAAAUACUGAUGUAACAUAGUUAGUUCUAAGCAGCUAGAAAUGAAGGUUUAAAGGAAAAAGAGUAAUAAAAAAAAAGUCAAAUAGAUAGAAGAUGCAAUUUAAUUGAAAAGUUGAGGCAAAAAAUGACAAAAUAGUACGAAGCCAAAUUGAGUCUAUGCGUCCUGAUAGUGCUUAGUUCUUAUGAGGCUAAAACGA